UGAGCGUUAUGGCUCGCCGAGGGCAGCUGCAGCCUUGCUGGACACAAACCGCAUCAUGAGAAGACAACACACUGCGUCGCACAGAUUCAUCCUCAACACCAACCUCAUCCGCUUGCCGCCAUGACAACACCGGCUUCGGGCUCUUCCAAAGCCCCGCCGCGCGACCCGCUGGAGCAGUACCUGAGAAGCCUCGAGUUACGCGACAGGCGCGAAAAGAAACAUGAAAAGUACAUCAACAUUAUUACCGACUACGCCGACAAAGCAGCCGCGAAAGAGAACGAGCGUCGCCUCGCAGAGCGUGAUGCUCCCGCAACUACAACUCCUGCAGCUACCACGCCCGAUACCAAGGCCCGAUCCAACUGGCGGUAUGGCAAGUCGUCCCCCGGACCUUCAGUUGCAUCGCCUGCAGACCCGGCCCACAUCACCCAGCUUCGCGCCGACCUUGCGUCCUCGAACAAGAUCCGUUCGGAACAGCAAAUCGAGCUGAAAGCCGUAGAAGAGGAAAGGAACAUGUUAAGAACUACAACAACCACACAGGCCCGCCGCAUUGAGGAGUUGGAGAAGAAGACCAAGAUACUCGAAAGGAGGGUCAAAGACACGACCGAGGAGCUGAAGGGUCAGAGACAGCUGGCAGAGCAGGCGCAGGACGAGAUGAUGGUGAUGCAGAUGGAGGUGAAUGCGAAGGACAAGGACUUGAAGAAGGCCGAGGCGGAUGUGCAAAUGUUGACAAGCAGGUGGAUGCAGGAGAAGGGCGAGGACGCCCGGAAGAUGAACGAGGCAGUGGAGAAGGCUCAGAAGAAGCGGUAGAACGAGUGACAAAGCUCGGCCUCGUCGAGGGAAUUCCCGGAUCCUUUUUCAACGUGUAACCUGUCUGAUAUACCACCACGACUGAUGUCUUUGGGCAAAGCUAUGGCUCGGCGUUGUAUACCUACCAGAACCAACUCGAAAUAUAUAUCUCCUGU